AAUAGGGUGUGUGGCUUCGGUUGGGAGUUGAGGAUGGCUCGAGUUGCAGGUGAAGCAACAAUGACGUCUCUCCUACUCCUCCUCCUCUUGCUACCGACGGCAGCAACCGGAGGCAGAGUCACCAAAGGUUGGGAAUCGGCGGUGGAGAGGAGGAGAAGCGUGUUGGACAAUGGCCUCGGCAUGACUCCUCCCAUGGGGUGGAACAGCUGGAACCAUUUCCACUGCGACAUCAACGAGCAGCUCAUCAGAGAAACAGCGGAUGCGCUGGUGUCCACCGGACUUGCCGAAGUGGGUUAUCAAUACGUCAACAUAGACGACUGCUGGGGAGAAAACUACCGGGACUCUCAGGGCAAUUUAGUUGCGAAGCAGUCAACAUUCCCCUCUGGGAUAAACUCUCUUGCAGAUUACGUGCAUGGAAAAGGACUUAAGCUUGGAAUCUACAGUGAUGCAGGGACACAGACAUGCAGCAAGACAAUGCCCGGGUCACUGGGAUAUGAAGAUCAAGAUGCUCAAACAUUUGCCUCUUGGGGUGUUGAUUACUUGAAGUAUGACAACUGCAACAACCCUGGUACCAACCCAAGAGAAAGGUACUCUAAGAUGAGCAGUGCUCUUCAGAAUUCAGGAAGGGACAUCUUCUUCUCUCUCUGUGAAUGGGGAGUAGAUGACCCAGCAACUUGGGCGAGCAGUAUAGGCCACAGUUGGAGAACAACAGGAGACAUCUUCGACAGUUGGGACAGCAUGACAUCCCGUGCUGAUGAGAAUGACAAAUGGGCAUCUUAUGCAAAGCCUGGAGGCUGGAAUGAUCCCGACAUGCUCGAAGUAGGGAAUGGUGGGAUGACGACAGAGGAGUACCGAUCGCAUUUUAGUAUAUGGGCGUUGGCAAAGGCUCCUUUGUUGAUCGGAUGUGAUGUAAGAUCUAUUAGCGAAGAUGCAUUAGAGAUACUGAGCAACUCCGAGGUCAUUGCUGUUAAUCAAGAUUCACUUGGAGUUCAAGGGAAGAAGGUAGUGUGGGGAGGCGGUACAGAGGUUUGGGCAGGCCCGCUCAGUGGAGGGACGGUGGCCGUGGUCCUCUGGAACCGCGGAAGUUCACCAGCGACGAUCACCGCCGAAUGGUCCGAUAUAGGCCUCUCGUCGUCGACCGUCGUCAAUGCUCGUGAUCUUUGGGCACAUUCGGAUACUGCAUCCGUUCAAGGGGAGCUGACUGCUACGGUGGAUUCUCAUGCUUGCAAGAUGUACGUUCUGACGCCGCAGUAGGCCGCUCUGCUUUCACCAAACAUGGAGAGACGAUUAUAGCAGAUCUGAAGAGAAUUUUGAACACAUUGGAGAGACAAUGCUACUUCUACAUGUGAUCCAAGAUGUAAUGCAUGUUCCUGUAAUUUGCUAUGUCAUUCCAUUAGUAUACUUGGAGACUACACAAUUAUUGGAUGAUUAAUGGCGAGAGAGACGGAAAACAAUAUCA